CUAGGUUUCUUUGUAAAGAAAGUGCUGAAAGUAUUUGCUUUUUCUUAUUUUAAGAAUGUGAAGAAAUCGCCUCUUUUAGGGAUUGGAUUAUGCCUAUGAUAAAUGUGUUAGAUUGAAUUUAACCCGCAAUGUACUUGGAAAUCCACCUCAUGAACUUUUUAGUUCAUCGUUUCUGCAAUAGUGGGCUUUUAAUUUGUUAGGCUACCUCGAAGAAAGUUAUAACCAGAGUAGAAUGGGAGAAAAAACUUAAUGAUGUCAGAGUUAGAAAAGACGAUAUGAAUAAAUUGGUUAUGAACUUUCUUGUUACUGAGGGUUAUGUGGAAGUUGCUGAAAAAUUUCGACUUGAAUCUGGGACAGAGCCGGAGAUAGAUCUUGCAACCAUUACUGAUCGUAUGGCAGUUAAGAAAGCUGUGCAGAGUGGUAAUGUGGAGGACGCUAUCGAGAAGGUUAACGAUUUGAACCCUGAGAUAUUGGAUACAAAUCCCCUCCUCUUUUUUCAUCUCCAACAGCAGCGAAUGAUAGAGUUGAUCCGGAAUGGGAAGGUUGAGGCAGCUUUAGAAUUUGCACAAGAGGAACUUGCCCCCAGAGGAGAGGAAAAUCAAAGCUUUUUAGAGGAGUUGGAAAGGACCGUUGCAUUGCUUGCCUUUGAAGAUGUGGCCAACUGUCCUGUUAGUGAGCUGCUCGAUAUAUCCCAACGGCUGAAGACUGCCACUGAGGUCAAUGCAGCUAUCCUUACCAGUCAAAGUCACGAAAAAGAUCCAAAGCUGCCGAGCUUACUGAAAAUGUUGAUAUGGGUGCAAAACCAGCUAGACAAGAAAGCCUCUUAUCCUCGAAUAAACAACAUAUCUACUGCAGCUUUGGAAGAUUCAGUUGUUUGAUGUACAUUUGGUGUGGUUACAUGGAAGUGAAUGAUGGUUGUGUGGUCAUUAGCUCAUGUAUAUUCUACUAUUGUUUCUUGUAUUGACUUCACCCUCUGUUCUCAAAGCAAUAUAUGUAAUGUUAAGAACAAUUUUUGAGACCAA